GCCGCCCCUCUUCUCUGCUCCUUCCAUCCCGCCCAGAGGAGUUGAUGCCGCUGACGCCGCCGCCGCCGCCGCUGUGAAGCCGCGGCUGAUGGAUGCCUGGGAGUGUCGCAUUGCUUAGCGACCCCGCCUCCGGGUUUGCUGAUGAUCUCUCUCCACCCUGGAGCUCAGCGCUGAAGAGCUACCUUAUUAUUAAUCAGAAUUUCCAUCGCCACCCCUGGUAGGCAUAUCCUUCAGUAGGGACCGCAGGAACAUUCACAGUGCAGGGGCUGAGAUGUGCGUGGGGGUUGUUUUUGUUACAUCUUGGAAGAGAAAAGAAGAGGACAGUACCAAGAUCGGAACCACCCGUGCCAGGUGGGAUUAGGGGUGAUUUGUUAGGAGAGAGAAAGGACAAGAAGAGGAGUGCGGAUCCCUUCAGGGUUCCCAUCUCUUUAAAGAAAAGGGAAGAGGGAGCCAAAGUGAGGUGUUGUAUUUUAGGGGCGGGAGAAGAAGUUUAUAUCCCCUCUCCGGGUAAAGCUGGGGGGAAGCAGGAGCAACAGGGCACUUGAUUGGACACCAAGACUAUUAAUUUCCUGUAGGGGAGAGGAAGCAGGCAGCAGGAGGUCUGGGGGCUGGAGUGUGGCGGUGGUAAAGGCCAGAUUUGCUUUGGGACAGUCAACUAGGGCUUCUGAGUGAAGGCUCCAGAACAGGCAGAACAAUGACUCAUUUGCAAGCUGGUCUCUCCCCUGAGACCCUGGAGAAAGCUCGCUUGGAGCUCAAUGAAAACCCAGACACGCUUCACCAGGACAUCCAGGAGGUGAGGGAUAUGGUCAUCACCAGGCCGGACAUUGGCUUUCUGCGCACGGAUGAUGCUUUCAUCUUACGCUUCUUGCGGGCUAGGAAGUUUCAUCACUUUGAGGCCUUCCGCCUCCUGGCGCAGUACUUUGAGUACCGGCAGCAGAACCUGGACAUGUUCAAAAGCUUCAAGGCCACCGACCCUGGGAUCAAGCAGGCACUGAAGGAUGGCUUCCCGGGGGGCCUGGCCAAUCUGGACCACUAUGGCAGGAAGAUUCUAGUCCUUUUUGCUGCCAAUUGGGAUCAGAGCAGGUACACGCUGGUGGAUAUAUUGCGUGCCAUCUUACUUUCUUUAGAAGCCAUGAUUGAAGAUCCUGAGCUUCAAGUGAAUGGGUUUGUUUUGAUCAUAGACUGGAGUAACUUCACUUUCAAGCAAGCCUCUAAACUCACACCAAGUAUGCUGCGAUUAGCUAUUGAAGGCCUACAGGAUAGUUUCCCAGCACGAUUUGGAGGAAUUCAUUUUGUUAAUCAACCAUGGUAUAUCCAUGCCCUGUACACCGUGAUCCGGCCUUUCCUGAAGGAGAAAACUCGGAAAAGGAUAUUUUUGCAUGGUAACAACCUGAACAGUCUACACCAACUAAUUCAUCCUGAGAUCCUGCCCUCUGAGUUUGGAGGAAUGCUGCCUCCUUAUGACAUGGGGACAUGGGCAAGAACGCUGCUAGACCAUGAGUAUGACGAUGACAGCGAAUACAAUGUAGACUCCUACAGCAUGCCUGUGAAGGAAGUAGACAAGGAACUCUCCCCCAAGUCCAUGAAGAGAUCCCAAUCAGUAGUGGAUCCUACAGUACUAAAACGCAUGGAUAAAAAUGAGGAAGAAAACAUGCAGCCUUUGCUUUCUCUGGACUAAUAACUACUCUACAUCCCCUUCAUGGAUUAGAAAUUGAAAGUAUUGGUUUUCAGCAACAGGGACAGCACUGUGGAGGAAUUACCAGCUGGAAACUGACUUAUUCAUGUUAAUGUAGCAUAAUGUAUAAUAAGGCAUCAGGCUUUCCUUGGCCUGAACCAUGGGGGCCCUGAGCUGGAUUUUUAAAAUGUCAAUAAUUUAUUCUGUAAGUGCCAAGUUCUUUGUAAAUAUAAUGUAAUCUUCAUGUCAAGUUUGUACAUUUCAGUAUUAACUCAGUUUGGAAAACGGUUGGCUCAAAACUCCAUGCCAGUGAUACGAACUAUAACAAAAAGUAGAAAAGACACAAUCAAAGCGAAUUAAAUGUAGCCCUCUUUCCUAUGAAGCCAUAUUUCAGCUAUCAUAGUGAUCGUUUCAUUGUUUUUCUCUGAAACUCUGUCAGUAUUCAAACAUACUUUUAAUGGGCACACACAACUAAAUGAUUCUAGGAAAUUUCAUGAUUAAUGUAUUUCCUGUCUAGUGAUUUUCAUUUCAGAGAAAUGUGUCUUAGUAACUAUCAUUGGACUUGCAUUUUGGAGGCAAGGAAUGGCAGAUGAGCUGGUAAACUGAACACUUGAACUCUUCUAUGUUGUUUAAUUCCUGGAAUCUUGUGAAAAGAUGUGUUUCCUCAGUUAAGACGUAGAAUUGUAAGAGAGUGGACUCUUUUUAAAUUGCUGUCUUCACGAUGUGCCCUUUAUUCAAGACCCCAUUUUCUCUCUAAUGUACUCUAAGUACAUUUCUUCCCCCAAAGCUCUUUGGCCAAGAGAAUGAGAAAUUAUAUGUGAAUAGUGUUUUGACAGAUAAUUUUGAACAUAAAAUUUUUGGCUUCAUAAGGGGCUCAUUUCUAAUUGUUGUGCACUGGUUAAAACAUAUAUAUAUUCACAUAUAUAUUUUUACUGAGCUCUAAUAAAUCCUUGAUGUAACAGGAUUAUAAAAUAAAUUAUAGAUAUUCAGUGAUCUUCAAGAUGUUAUAGAUAAUUAUGUGACAUAACUGGAAAACUAUUCCACUGAAGUUAAUGAAAAUGAGAAAUAGUGAAACUGACUUUCAGUGUACCUAUUUAAGGGAAUUCCAAUUUAAUAUAUAAUGCAAUCUUAAAUAUGUGCCAUCUUAUUUGAACUAUAUUUUUCCUUCAAAGAAACAACAGAUUUCAACAUAGUGUAGGGUAGCAUCAGGUGACAGCCAAUUUUAUUUUUCAAAUUUAAGUUAAUUAUCUUUGUGAUCCUAUUUGUCCACAAUUUUUUUCAGAAAAGGCUGAAAAAACACAUUUAGUCAGAAGAUAUAAUGAAAUCAUCUGAAGGCAUCUAAGACAGCAUGCAAUAGUUUAUACAUGGAUUUAGAAAUUUGCAUAUUUAAUGCCUUAUUUCAUAAAAUUCACAAUUACAGCAAAUUUUACAAAAUUUUAUUUUAAAUUUCAAUGUGAAAAAAUGAUUUUUAUCACCCAUAAUAAAUUUUGGGAUUCAGUGUUUAUCCUAAAAUAUUCUUUUGGAAGAAAAAUAUCUCCAGAAACUCUUGGAAACCAACAAAAAUAAAGGCAUGUGGCAGCCUUCACACUUUUGAGCCAAAACCUUCCAAAAUUUGUUAGAAUUCUAUAGCCCAAAAUUGUAAAAGCAAGCUAAGUACAUCAGUGUACAGAGUAUCAAUGGACGGCCUCCAGUGUGUAAAAGUACGUUAAUUAACACAAAUGAAAGACCUUAAUAAUGCCAACCUCCAGUCAUGUGCAGAAGAAUAAUGAGUGUCAGUUACCCUGUUCUCCUUGUUACUUUUACAGAGAUUGGAAAGCACUGGGGACAUGUCUGAGCAGUUCUUACCUUUGUGAGAAUUCUAACCAUUGAUAUUCUUAUAUUCUUGUCUACCUGACAUACAUUUUGUAGCCGAGGGCUUUAUAGAUUAUAUAAACCUUAUGCAGUACAAUCCAUUGGAAUAAAAUAGAAGCAUUGUAAGUGCAGAGGGCAGAAAACAUUUUAUUCUCAUGAAUUUCUCUUGAUGUGUACAAUUUAUUGCCAGUUUUUAGAAUUCUGCCAGUUUCAGAUGUCAACCAGCAUUGGCAGCUUCUUUCCCCUAUCGUAAAGUUAGUGUCAUAUAUAAAAAUAACUAGAAAGGCAUAUUUUAUAUGUAUGCCUAUCUAAUUAUAAGUAUCAUUCACACUGUCUCCCGGACCCACAUUUGGAAAGUUUGCAUUGCAUUACUGCUCAUCUUUAAAUGAGCAAUUGAGAGUUGGCUAGAUUGUGUAAAAUAUUUUAAAAUGAAUGAACAAAUGACAAUGAUGAUGUGUUUUGAAAUUACCAUAUAUAGUUCACUCUGUGACUAAACUCAUUUUCUAGUAAUGCUUGUGAACCUCAGUCAAGGGAUAUUCAUUCAACUUUAUAAAUUUACCCCUCAGCACCAGGUAUCUAGCACUGUUUAGGACUUUUUCCCUUCAUGAUAUUCUGUGUCACAUAGCUAUGUCUAUUGUUGUAUAAUCUAUACCCUAUAGUUGUAUACCUAUAAGCACGCCUAUAUUCUUUUAUUUUAAUUGCAAUAGUAUACCUCCACUUACUGCCCCCUCUCUCACACACACUCUCUUACACACUCACGAACACACUAGACUGUUUUCUCUAAUUAAUUUGCAUCUGUACUUUGAGAGGGAUUUUAGUUGCCUUGUCACUUGAAAUCUGUGGGCUUCAAAGAAUUACCACAUUUGACUUGGAAUAGGCCGGUAGUCCAUUUUUCUUUCCCCCUGCCUGUUCCAUCUUCUAUUUCUGGUAUCUUUUUUUUCUUCCAGUUAUUUCAGGGGCAGCUUCUUCCAAAGCUGGUUUAAAAAUAAAUAACAUCUCUUACCAUGUUGUCAGUGACAUUUGCCUGCAUUUUUGACUAUUAUUUAAGAAGGAAGAGAUUAUCAUGAAAAUAUACUCUAAGAAAUAUGAAGAAGUGCCUCUUUGAAAAUGGAAUAAAGCAGUGAUACUGGCAUAUGGAUUUUAUUUGGUACUCUCUUCCAAAAAGUAAAUACAUAAAUCUAUAUUAUAAAGUUGAAAUAUUUGAAGGAUAUUUGAGGCCUUUGUUUGAGUAUUCUCAUACAGUAUUAGGUCUCUGUUGUGUAAGUAAAAUACACUUUAACCCUUGUUAAUGAUAAACCUGGCACUAUGCUAAAACAAUAUACAAGUAUUAAACAGUUUUGCAAGCAAGUUUUUGAAGUGGGCAUGCAUGAUUUCUUUUAUUUCAGUAAUGGUUUGCAUAAGUGUAAGCAGAGAUAUUUCCUAAGUUUUUCAUAUAGAAUGCUUAUUUACUUUAUAGUACCAAUAAUUCAUACAUUCAUAAGCAGGAAAGCCAAAAAUUUAUACAUUCAUACCUAGCUUCUUUUAAUAGUGUUAACUAGGUCAUAUUGUUAAAUGAGAAGUUUCUGUGAUAUUCUUGAGGGAACAGAAGUCCUAUUGCAUCAAGAAAUUGGAGAGUUGUUUUAGAUAUUGGGGAAUAUAUUUAUGACUCUUCACAAAAAGAGCCAUAGGGUAUGUCUUCAGGGACAGGCUUCCUUUGCUUCUAUAAUGUAAAGGUUUAUGGACACGUCUGUUGUCCUUUAAAGAAGUUACAUUAAGAAAGCUUUCUGAGAGACUGUACACUCUUCUGUUGUUUUAUUUAAAGGUCUGCCUUGUGUGGUUGGUGUAUAAUAUCUCAGCUUCUUUGUGUAUAUUCAUUAAUGAUUACAUGAAAAGUUGCCAUCAGCCAUGAGGACACUUCAGAAAGAUUUUCAGCACACAAAAUAAAAUGAGCAGAGCUCUAGCAUGAUAUUUGAACUUUGA